AUUGCAGUUGCGUGCUCUACUGCUCUCAUACUCCUAGCAGUGAAUUGGAGUUUGAUAUGUGUGUGUGUGUCGUUGCAUUUUCUCUUGAAAGAAAAACGUUUUUUGGUAAUAGCGUUAUUUCCUGUCAAGUUUAAGUGCGUGACUCUCUCCCUCCUUUCUUUCUCGUUUUUCUCUCUCUCUCUCUCCUCUCCUACUCUCCCCCCCCUACACACACACGCGCGCGCGCGCACGCAUGCACGUUCACAUAUCCCUUUCACUCUCUUUUUUUCUGUCUUACCUUCCAUCUGUCUAUCUCUCUAUUUAUUAUUCGCUUAUGUAUUUAUCUAUGUAUUUAUGCCCAUCUAUUUCUCUCUCUCUCUCUCUCUCUCUCUCUCUCUCUCUCUCUCCUCCCUCUCUUCCUUCUUGUCUCUCUGUUGUCUGUCUUCUAUUUAUUUAUUUACCUGUCUCUUUUGAAGGUACCAACGUCCUUCUUCAUUGGUCAAUUAAAGAACAGAAGUACACUUUCGAUAUUGAAAAGAUCGAAAAAAGGGUAGGAGAAAAAGUAUAGUAGAGGAAAAAAAGAAAGAGAGAUGAGUGGAAAAAGAAGGAAAGAUAUAAACAGAGAUACAGAUGCAAGAAAAAGAUGAAAGAGAAGAGAGGAAGAGAGUGAGCGAGCAAGAGAGAGAGGGUGAGAAAGGGGGGGAAGAAGGGUAUCUGUAUGCGUAAUGUAUGCAUGCGUGUGUGUGUAUUGCGCGCGCGCCUCGCGUGUGCAUGUAUCGGAUAGUGACGAGCGGUAGAGUGCAACGAGGACACACCGAUCAGUCGUGCUUUCGCGAGAGGUGAGGUUAAACGAAUGUUCGGAAAUUCGCGACUAUUCCUCGUAUGCUUUUCUCUUCUUCAGGAGACUCGUAUUCUCGCAAUUUCUCGGUUUGUGUCUCCCCGUGUGUAUGUACGUAGUGCGCAACGAAAGAAAGAAGCAAAGUGACAAAGUGUUACACGUGCGUGCGAGUGUGUUAAGUGCCAUCGGAGUCCGACAUUUUCGAGGAUCGGAGUGGAGUAGUCCUGUUGGAAUUUCCACGCUACAUAUUCCGCUAUAAAUUUUUUUCAAGCAGCGGACAACAACUUCCAUUAUGAAGCUGUAACAAACAUACGCAUGUUAAGAUGCGUUAAAGGCUGUGAUUAUUUUAUCUCAAGCUUAAGUUUGGGUGUAAUUCAAACAUAUUGAAUAAUUAAAAAUUAUUAAUUAUUUUAUUUGAAGAUAUUUCAACGAUCGCGGUAUCGAUAUAUCGAUACAUCGAUGCUUUUAUUAAUUAUUGGAAAAAUUAACGGUUAAGUGUUGCAACAUACGGCAAAUUUGUCGAAAAUAUUCUUUUGUCGUUAAAAAGUAACUGAGGAGAUAAAAUAAUUGAGAAGAUUUAAAAUUUUCUCAAUUUUUACACACACACACACACACACACACACAUAAAUAUAAGCUUCAGUGAAAAAUAGAAGAAAUCGAUUAGAAACAAAGACGAAGACAAGGUAACAUUUAAUAUCACGGGACCGGAAGUGGGAUCCGUCACGGUUGCCAAUUUAAUAAGUGGCAAUGUAGUAGUGCGAUACAAUGAAGGGUCGGAGGUUGUUGUUAAGGGGGAUGUCGUCCUGGCAGCCCCAUCCAGGUUAAAAGGCGCAAUUAAUCUGUCAACCACGACGAUUGUUAAUCUAUCGACUAUAAAGACAGCGACGACGACGAUAACUCCUGAUAUGGAUACUAGUGGUGAUUCGAACAUGGACACUGAUAACGGCGGUUCUGUCGUCGCCAACGUUACAUCCUUAACAUUAAUUAAGGCCGAGAGACCGGAUCAUCUGGCGGGAACGUCGGCGUCUCCCGCGACGAUAACCACUGUAGCGACUACUACACCGAUUGGCCCCGGAAGUAAUCUCUUCACUGGUAUCGCUAACAGCAAUAAGACAGCUAGAUCGGAUGACUGGCUGGCGACGAACAGUCCGGGAUCGCCGCAGAACUCUUUACAGAGUCAGCACGUGGUCUAUUCUGCUUCCCAACAGCAAUUGUCGGAGCAGCAGCAACCUCCUAUGGCCCAUUCCAGUCCACUCGCGCAACAACAAGUUAGCAAUAAUGGAUACGCGAGUCCUAUGAGCACUGGCAGUUACGACCCGUACAGCCCUAAUGGUAAAAUAGGAAGGGACGAACUAUCUCAACCGGGUUCAAUAAACGGCUACGGAAAUAAUUCUGGAGGAGGUGGCGGCGGCGGAGGUGGAGGCGGUGGCGGUGGUAGCAGUGGUGGUGGUAGCGGAGGCAACGGGGUUGGAAGUGGUAGUGGCGAAGGUUGCGAUUCGAAGAAGAGGAAAGGACCUACACCCCGACAACAAGAAGAAUUGUGCCUUGUAUGCGGCGAUCGUGCGUCUGGUUAUCAUUACAAUGCUCUCACAUGCGAGGGCUGCAAAGGCUUCUUCAGACGAAGCAUCACUAGGAACGCUGUAUACCAGUGCAAGUACGGCAACAAUUGUGAGAUCGACAUGUAUAUGCGCCGCAAGUGUCAGGAGUGCAGACUGAAGAAGUGUCUGACGGUUGGUAUGAGGCCGGAGUGUGUUGUGCCCGAGUACCAGUGCGCAGUGAAAAGAAAAGAGAAAAAAGCGCAGAAGGAAAAGGAUAAACCAAACAGUACGACGAUGAACGGUUCGCCAGGAAGCGCCGGAAUGGGCGAGCAAAUGGGCGUUAAAAUCGAGCCAGCGGAAGCUGAGUCGUUAUCUAUGUCUGGAAGUAGCGGCAUUCUUACCCCUAUCAGUCCUUACACCUGUGUUAAGCCCAUUAGUCCUGAACAGGAAGAACUGAUAAAUAGGCUCGUGUCUUUUCAAUGCGAAUUCGAACAACCGAGUGAAGAGGAUCUGAAAAGGAUUACUAAUCAACCGAUGGAGGGCGAGGAUCCAAGCGAUUAUAGUUUUAGGCACAUCACCGAAAUUACAAUUCUGACCGUUCAGUUGAUUGUUGAGUUCUCGAAGAGAUUACCUGGCUUUAAUGAGCUAUUACGCGAGGAUCAAAUCACUUUAUUGAAGGCGUGUUCUAGCGAGGUGAUGAUGCUACGAAUGGCGAGAAAGUACGACGUGCAAACCGACAGCAUCAUUUUUGCUAACAAUCAAUCAUACACGCGUGAUAGUUAUAAUGUCGCCGGGAUGGGAGAUACUAUCGAGGACCUUUUGCGAUUCUGCCGGCAAAUGUACGCUAUGAGGGUCAAUAAUGCCGAAUAUGCUUUGCUCACAGCUAUUGUCAUCUUUUCAGAGAGACCUAAUUUGAUAGAAAGCAGAAAAGUGGAGAAGCUUCAGGAGAUUUACUUGAAGACACUUAAAGCGUAUGUCGAUAAUCGCCGUAAACCUAAAUCUUGCACGAUCUUCGCUAAGCUCUUGUCAGUUUUAACAGAACUCAGAACCCUUGGCAAUCAAAACAGUGAAAUGUGCUUGAACCUGAAAUUUAAGAACAAGAAGCUGCCACUUUUCCUCGCCGAAAUCUGGGACGUGGUGCCCUAGUUUCCCAGUCGCCGAUCAACGGCGAUCGCGCCGGUCGGCUGAAGAAAUCUUUUUGACGUCGCAGUAGCAGCAACAGCAACAACGGCGUUGACGGACGCGCAUGGACGUGGAAAGCGGCCUGCGUAAAUUCUUGUACUAGUGCACCAUUAUGCCACUGCCUCAACAUCGCAAAGUCAACAUAUAUCAGUGCUAUUUUAGAUUCAUUUCGAUCAUUUGUUCUUUCUCGAUUGACCAUCUCUAGGUGUCACUCUAGAUUGAUUGGUCUUUAUGUAGCUUGUAAAGUAAACGUAUGAAAGCCGGUCCCACACUAUUCGUGUGUAAGUUGUGUGUGUGUGUGUGUGUGUGUGUGCGCGCGCGCGCGCGCGUGCGUGUGUGUGAUGCAUAAAAAGUCAUUAUUCUUUACAGAUUAUGAUACAAAAAAGAAAAGCAGACAGUUUGUAGAAAUGAUAGAAUAUGUUUAAGAACGAUGAGUUGAUGAAGACACGAUUGAAUACUUGUGAUAGAGGAGAGGUCUGAUCCAAAGAUUUAUACAGUAUCAUAAUUUAAAUUUUUGGAUAUACCAAUAUGGAAAAUUUAAAGAAUUAAAGUUUUGUAUUAUAUGCCAUGGAUUUUUAUAAAAAAAUUUAAGGUAUAAAAUAUAGAUGACUGUAUCUGUAUAAUUCGCAAAACUAUCGAUCUUCGUAAAUCUAGCCAUCUAUCAAAGCUGUAACUUUUUUUUAAAUAUUUGUGUAUUCGAAAUUAUGUAAAUCGGUCCUAUGCAAUAUAGAAUACAAUAUAAUAUUUCACGAAUAAUGCAGAAGUUGCAAAGUUGCUGUAACGUUGUUGGAAUGUUUUGUGCUGUAUGAGAAUAUUAAUAAAUAUAUAUUUAUAUUGCCACACACACGCGCGCGUGCGGCUGCAAUAUUGUAUUGCAAUAUUUUUAAAAGUGGAUAUUUUAUCGUUAUUGCAAUGUUACAGUAGCAUGCAACAUUUUUUAACGUUUUUGCAAUAUUGGAAUAAAAUGUUUCUAUAAUAUUUCUUUGCUAGAUAUACAGAAGCAUGACUCAUCUGACCAUCCCUUUUUUGGUUUACAAAAUAGCAAAUAUUAUGUAGCUCAUGUGAUUAGACCUAUACGAAGAGCUAUACGAAUCGUGUGGGACCGGUUUGAAGACAAGGAACAGGAAAGGCCUCGCACAUUGAAGAUAAGUGCAGGAAACGUGCACGUUCCAAAUAUAGGAGCAAGGAGAGGAAUGGAAAUAAGAAUGAAUAUAUCAUUGUGAGAGAAAGGCAGUGGCGCGGCCCAGGCUGUGAUACAUAGAGAACAGAGAUUGAAGAUAUAUAAAGAAAGCUACCUGCAAUUUACAUUUUAUCGCUAUUUCCUCUACCUGGAUACAUCCUUACACAUAAUUGAUAUGUAAAUGUAAUGUAUUAUACGAUAAGGAAUCGAUAUAUUUGUGAUGAAUGUGCGUCGUCACAUUUGUUACUUUUAAGAUAAUGAUGAUUAGCAGCAAAAGCGGUUACUAUAGAGGAGGGACAAUAUAGAAAAUUACAUUGACAGGAUGAAACUAAAAAGUAAAUUGAAAAAAAUGACAAAGGAUGAUUUAAAUAAUUGGGAUUUAAACAAAUGCGAUUAUACCGGCGAGGAAUCUGUAACAUCAAUAAUACAGCAUUUUCUCAGAUUUUAGCCAUAAAAAUAAUGGAAAAAAAAGAUAAAAUGAAGUCCGUAAGAUAUUCACUAUUGAGCAGCGUCGCAUGAAUGGAACGCGAAAAAGAAAAGGAAAAUAGAUAUGAUAUGUAUAACAAUAGCAUAGAUUCUAUAUCACUCAUACAGCAUAAUAUAUCUUGCUAGCAUGUACAUUGUUUAUACCAGAGAAAGAGAGAGAGCACAGGGAACAGGUGUGUGUGUGUGUGUGUGUGUGUGUGUGUGUGCGUGCGUGCGUGCGUGCGUGCGUGCGUGCGUGUGUAUGUGUGCGUGCAUGCGUGCGUGCAUGUGUGUGCGCGCGCGUGCGCGUGACAGAGGGGGGAAGAGAGGGAGAGAGAAGGAGAGACUAGAGCGAAAAUGAGAAACGUAGAGGAAGAAAGAUUGGAAAGGAUCUACACAUUGCAGUAGAGCGUCUCGAAACUGUGUAUUAAUAUUUUUAUUAAUACCAAUCUACAGAAAGAUGUACAGGGCGUCCCAGAAAAAAAGAAAGAAAAUAUAAAUAAAGGAUAAAGGAAUGAUAUUAUUUUCGCGAAAGACAUAUUUUUAUGAGAUACUAUAUACGUAUAACAUGUUAUUUACACAUGUCAUAAAACAGAUUUAAAAAAAAUGUAUUAUUUUCUUACUGAAUAUAGAAAUAUGGUGUUUAUAAAUAUACAAGAGACAAAAUAGAUUGUUCGCGUUGUAUGCUAUAAUUAUCUUCGUUUUUUUAUGUAUAUCGUUAACAGACAUUUUUACAAAAAUGUGUUUUUUAAUAAAUAAGAAGGAAAUGUACGGGACGUCCUGCGCGAAGAGAGAUAUGUAAGAAAAUAUAAUAUUUAUAAUGAAUGUACUGAUGUCUUUUUUGGAGCAACUGAUGUAAAACUCUCCGAUUGAACUGUUUUCAAACAGAAGAAAUAUGGGAAAAAUACAUAUUUUUUUUUAUUAAGAAA